AUGACCAGAUGGUUUGCUGAACGGAGAGAGGAUGCCAGAUGGCAGCCAACAACGCUUACGCGUGGUGUGGAGAAACUACUACAUGGUCGUGUAACUGCCGCCAGAGAAUUGACGGUCCAAAGGAUUGAUGAUCAUCACACUGAAGUUAAAUAUGUAUCUUCUAGCGAGUCUUUGAAUGUUGUUAGUUUGGUAGAGCGAAAGUGCACAUGUCGGCGUUUCGAACGCGAGAAAUUACCAUGUGUACACGCAAUCGCAGCUGCGGAGUACAACAAUGUUUGUCGUAUAUCCCUGUGCAGUCCUUACUAUAACAGUGAAUAUUUGGUGAGCGCAUACGCUGAAUCUAUCAUGCCGGCUGACUCAGCGCAACCUGUUCCAGAAAUCGUGGCAAACCAACCGUGCUUGCCUCCGUAUAUUCGUCAACAACCAGGAAGACCAAAGAAAAAUAUGAUGAAAUCUGCUUUAGAAGUUGCACUUCAAAACAAACGUCCUAGGAAAGAACACACAUGUUCUCGAUGUAGACAGAGUGGCCAUAAUGCGAAAACUUGUCUGAUGUAA